CAGCUGUGUCCAAAUGGAAAUGCAAUUGCCGGUACUCGGCUGCACUUUCCUCACGCUGUCAGGCCAGCAGGGAAUCGACACCAAUCAUCAUGGCACUGAUGAUCAGUGCCCUGAUGAUUGGUGCCCAGCAGUGCCACCCACCAGUUCCGCCCACCUGUGCCCAGCAGUGCGCUCACCUGUGCCCAGCAGUGCACCCACCUGUGCCUAGCAGUGCGCCCAUCUGUGCUCAGCAGUGCACCCACCUGUGCCCAGCAGUGCACCCACCUGCGCCACCCAGCAGUGCCACACACCUGUGCUCAAAAGUGCCACCUACCUGUGCCCAGCAGUGCCACCCACCUGUGCCCACCAGUGCACAUCAGUGCAGCCCAACAGUGCUGCCAGUCAGUGCCACUAGUCAGUGCCCAGUGGUUGUGCCAGUCAGUGCCCAGAAGUUGCGCCAGUCAAUGCCUAGCAGUGCCGCCAAUCAGUGCCCAACAGUGAUG